UUUCAUAGGAAAUAAGAUAAGGGAAUGAUUAAUAUUUCUUGUAUAUAAAAGGGGACACUCCUAAGUGUUCAUCAUAGUCAACGUGUAAAAUUGUUAAGAUAAUUCGUAAUAUCGAGUGUUUUCAAAUUUCAACACAAAACAUGAGAAAUAUGCAGUUGUCAUAUUUCCUUGCAUUCGUUGCCUUGUUGGCGACUGUUCGUGCACACGGCAGGGUGGUGGAGCCCGCAUCUCGAGCUUCGGCCUGGCGUGCCGGCUUCGGCACGAGAAUCAACUACGACGACGACGGCAUCAACUGCGGCGGCUUCCACCGUCAAUGGGAAACUAAUAAUGGAAAAUGCGGCAUUUGUGGCGAUCCAUACGACGAUUCGCCUCCUCGGCCGCACGAGUUGGGCGGUGCCUACGGUAAUGGCGUCAUCGUUGCGAAGUACUCCUCGGGACAGGUCAUCGACACCACCGUCGAGAUAACCGCCUACCACCGCGGCUAUUGGGAAUUCAAACUAUGCACCGACCCCAGCAAUAACGAACAGGAAUGCUUCGAGAAAUACCUCCUGGAAUUAGAAGAUGGCGGCACGAAGUAUUACCCGAAGAGCAGUGGUCGUUACGACGUGAGGUAUCGGCUUCCUGCGGGGGUCUCGUGUGAGCAUUGCGUCCUACAAUGGACGUACACAGCCGGUAACAACUGGGGUGUUUGCCCCAACGGAACUGGAGCUCUGGGAUGCGGGAAUCAGGAGACAUUCUGGGCAUGCACGGAUGUUUCGAUUAAGCCCGUUGAAGCUUCAGUAUCUGGAAUGAGCUUACCGAUCCGCGUAGCUGAUGAUAAAUGAUAGUAAUUAGUUUUACGAUUCUUUUUGCGUUUUUUGGCCACCGAUGAUUAUAAGAAAUAAAUUUGUUUUUUUUAAACCUG